ACGGACGAAGAGUUAGACAAAUGCGUGAAACCGACCAUUGAUUACAUUUUGUCACUUCGUAUGCCUUCAGGCAACUAUCCCUCGAGUUUAUCCAAUCCGUACGAUCGUUUGGUCCAUUGGUGUCACGGAUCUGCCGGUGCCGUCAAUUUGUUUGCGUUGGCCUAUGAGGUGUUCAAAGAGGAACGGUAUCUGAUGGCAGCCAAAGACGGUGGUGAACACGUUUGGGAGAAAGGACUCCUUGUUAAAGGUUAUGGUUUAUGUCACGGGACAGCAGGAAAUGGUUACGCCUUCUUAAGACUGUAUCAGUUGACUGGAGAGGAGAAGUAUGUGUUCAGAGCCGUGAAGUUCGGGCAGUGGUGUUGUGCUUAUGGAGAGCACGGCUGCCUUAAACCCGAUCACCCCUUAUCUAUGUUUGAAGGACUCGCAGGAACUCUGUAUUAUUUGACGGAUUUGUUGCUACCAAAGAACAGUCGAUUCCCUGGAUAUCAGAUCUCAUAA